AUGAGUCAGGCGGAUGUAGAUUGCUUGGAGGAGCUGAACUCAGUGUGGAGGUGUAACUCUUGCAACAACGAACGCAGGAAAAGCAUGAGGUUGGAGACGAGUGUGCAGGAUGGCAAACUUACACUUGAGGACGUGAUGAAGGUGCUUAAUGACAUCCGAGAGGACCAAAAAGCAACCAAGCAAGACUUCAACACUUCUUAUGAGGCUCUACAUGUCAAACUUGAGGAAAACGCUCAGUCACUUCAAAGCGCUUUACAGAAAAUAGAGGAGUUUUCGAAAAGAGUUGUCGAUUUGGAGUUGGAGAAUGGUAACUUAAAGAAAAAGGUUGAUGAACUGGAAAUCAGAGUGGAUGACAUGGAGCAGUACUCGCGGAGGAACUGUCUGGAGAUCCAGGGAAUUCCCGAAGAAAAAAAUGAAAAUGUUCUGGAUAUUGUCAAGGACGUUGGUCGCGCACUGGGCAUGGAUGUCAGCGAGGAGAUGAUAGACACUUGCCACAGAUUGGGCCAGAAAGACAGCGGUUGUAGAGGACCGCGAGGUAUCAUCGUGAAGUUCGUCCGUCGUCUGGACAGGGAGGCGCUCCUGCAGAAGAGACGUGAGAGGAAGAAGGACUUUUCCACUCGUCACCUUAGUCUUGACAGGCCGUCGGACGUUCCCGUGUACUUGAACGAGUCUCUGUCACCGAUGAGGAGGAAGCUGCUGGCCAAGGCGAGGAUGCUCAAGAGGGACCGCGGCUACAAGUACAUCUGGCUGCGCAACGGCAACAUCCUGCUGCGUAAGGAAGAAGGAUCUGCUGUAAUUCAAAUUAAAACCCAGGCUGACCUUGAUAAGUUGUAG